GAACCAGUGCAUUAACCUCCCUAGCUGUAUAUAAAGUCCUUGAGCUGCUUACACAUUGAUGCAUCAGUGUUGAAAUGUAAUUUAUUAUAACAUAUCAUUCACAGGGGGGCAUUUUAUGCAAAAGAACUUUCACUUUUGAUACUUUAAGUACAUUUAAGUGGUAAUACUGCUAUACUUUUACUUUAGGAUUUUACAUUCAGAACUUUCACUUGUAAUGGAGUAUUUUUUUUACAGUGGGUUACACGAGUUAAAACUGGUUUGGUGUCUCUAUACCAUUACAAAUAUAAAAGUAAGAAAGGUUGGUCUGUUUAUCCAAUAUGGAUGUUAUAUGAGUGAAAAAUCCAUUUUUAAACACGUGGUCAACCAAUAUCCCUCCGCCUGGGAAAUAGUCCCUCUGUGUCACUGUGUGUGUUUGUUGGCUAAUGACAUUUUAAUCUAAGCUGUUGCGAUGAGAAUGAACUCUUAAUUAAUAAUUAAUAGUCACACAACACUUAAAGCUUUCUCUUUAUAUGAAUCAAAGUGACUAUAUAUGUGAACUUCAACUGUCCUCAAUAAACGCAGCAUCUUUUAUUCUGAGCAUCAGGUGCUGCUGAUUGGCCACUAAAUCAAUAUUUUCUUAUUAUCUAAUUAACACAAUAUUUGCUCACACUGCAUGAUUACUCUCGUGAAACAUCACAUAUUAAACACACGCACACACAUUUCUUCUAUAUGAAAUAAUGACAUCAUAUCUCACAUCUUUACCACUAGAAUGCGUCUGAUCUGAUGAGUUAUUUAUAGGACUCACUUCACUAAAUAUAACCCGCCUCGAUCAUCUGUCAUCACGUCACAAUAAGCAACAGGCAACAUUUUCCCUUUUUUGUUUUUUCCUCUUGUUGAGAUGGAGGAGAGGUUAUUUUGGGGCUAUAAAAGGAGGGACGCUCACAAAGGCUGGACACUCCUCAUCCAGGCCAGGAGCAGUAGAGGACUGGUAGGUGGCUACAUCAGCAUCAAAAUGACUAUCUGGUGCAACUCCUGCAGAUGUCAUGUGAGUGCUCCGUGCACCUCCCAUCAUCUGCCUGAGGAUCACCGCAGCUCCUUCUGCAGGAGGUUCAGAUCCACCAAAGGAGCGUCCAAAGCCCGACGGGACCACAUCAAUCAUGAGAUCAGGGACAUGCGUGCUCUGUUGCCCAUCACCCAGGAGGACCAGGAGCGUCUCUCCUACCUGCACUCCAUGGCCGCCAUCUGUGCCUACAUCAGAAAGUCUGUUCUCUUCCAGGGACUCCCAGCUGGGGUGAGAUCUCACUGCUCUCUGCCGUACGAGGCCUUUCUUCCAGCCCUGCACGGCUUCAUCCUGGUCACUACGGCACAGGGGAAGCUGGUCUACGUGUCCGAAAAUGUAGCUGAAUAUCUCGGCCUUUCCAUGAUAGAUGUGCUUCAAGGAGACACUUUCUACGACAUGGUGGAACGCUCUGACGUUGAUAUUGUUAAAUCAAACCUGGAUAUUGAAAAGAACUCAUCAUCAGAGAGGAGCUUUAUAUGCUGUAUGCAAACCACCAAGGCCUUCAAACUGCAACACGGCAGCUGCUGUUCCAUGCUGGUCAGAGGGAGCUUCCAGUCUUCCUCCUCUUCAGUCCAUUCCACCAACCAGCCUGUGUUUGUGGCUCUCUGCACCCCCACGGUCAACAGCCUGCCGAGCUCUGACUCCAACUGCUGUCUCAGCUUCAGCAGUGUCCACAGAUUCGAUAUGACCUUCACUCAGCUGUCAGACAGUGUUUUAUAUUUUUUGGGGUAUUCGUCAGAAGAAAUGACCGACCGAUCGUGGUACAGUCUCGUUCACCCUGAAGAUCUUUCACUGAGUGCAGAUUCUCAUAGAAGUUUAAUGCAGGCAGAUGAGGGCUUCCAGGUGGAGAUGGUGCUCAGACUCCAGUGCAAGGAUCUGUCCUGGACCUGGAUCUACAUUCGAGCUAACAAGGACUCUGAGUGCAAGAGCGUGAGCUGCACUAACUUCAUCAUCAGUGAAACAGAGGCCAGAUUUCUGCAGAAGAAAAUCAGCAGCGAUGCUUUCAAGCCAUCAUCUCUGGCAAAUACCUGCCACUUUGCAGGUCAACAGUCGCCUCAUCACUCUCAGAACUAUAGCAACACUAAAUGCUGUAAAAGACAGAGGACGUCUAACAGCCAAAGCGAGGAGCCGGUUGCCAAAGCCAGGAGGGAGUCGGAGCAAGAUGUAUACUAUGUGGCGUGCGCCUCCUCCCGUGGCGAUAGCUCACCUGUUCCCUCGGGCGACAGCGGCGCUCUCUUCACCCCUCCCUACAGCCCGGCCUCCUCCGGCUCCCCUCUGCAGCAGGAGGAGCUCAGCCAUGACCUCCUGAUGGAUGUGCAUGGAUACACCGAUCAGCUGCUGUCCUCCCCUGAGUGCUCUCCCUCCUAUUACUCCUACCCAGAGGCAGGGCUCACCUGUCACCAAUCACCCUCCGACUCCCUCCCUGCAGCCGCCGCCGAACAAACAUUUGACCAGGCAGCCUUCCUCAGCGCUCGCUCUCCACUCUCCUCCUCAUCUCCCACCUAUGAUUUCCCAGCUUGUACGGCUGAUGCUCGAUUAGUUCCAGACUGCCUGUCUGUGUCGGACACGUGUGAGAGCCCGGUGGACUGUGCUCUGCAUCAAGAUGACUUCAGCCUCCUCCAGCAGCCACAGGGGGGCAGUCUCGUCCAGGUGCAUCACGUUCCUCACCAUUUGUUGCCCAUACAUCUUCUCACCCCCAACCAGUCUCCCACAUCCACAGAGUCGAACCAUUACGACGAGAGGGAGCAGGCAGAGAUCAGUAUUCUGGCUCAGCAGAUCUCCUCCCUUGCCAGCAGCUUCUCCAUGUAUCACACCUUUAACCCGCUUCACAACGUGGCCCAAAAUGCAACCACCAACACCCUGCCCUCAGCCUGCGACUGGCCUCCUCUCCCAUCAGCCCUUCCUCUGAAGCGUGAGCUGGUCCUCGACGACGGCGUGUUCGACAGCAUCCUGAAAGACCUGGACAUGGUGGCAAGGAAAAGCAGCUUAUGUGACCCCCAUCAGUUGGAUCCGGAGUCCCUCGGUCUCAUCGUAGAGGACCCGCUGCCUGCAGAGCAGUUCACUGUCACGGAUCCCUUCGGUUUGCAGUUGGGACGCCACCAAAACACUGGGUUGCAUCAACUCAAUCACUAUAUGCAGAGUGGCCUUCAGCAAGAUGGUCUUGCUGAAGAAAACCUGUACUGAAAUAAGUCUGUGACUUAAUGUACUACGACGUGUAUGACAUAUUGUCAAAUAUGGGCGAUUCAAAGACGAAUGCGAGCAAAGACGUUUAAAGGACAUCUUUGCUGAGACACUGUUUCUUCAAAUGACUUAUUUCUGAAUGUAGAAAAGCAUCUAAAGUAGAUCAUUUGCUCUUCAAGACUGCAGCUUUGUCUUCAUUUCUCACCACCGCUGUCAUCGGGGUUUUAUGUUUCGCUGACGUCUUAUAUUUUAUGAUAUGAGGUACUUUUUUUAAAAGAUUUGUCUUUACACUUACACACUGAAAUGGAGGUCUAUUUUUCUUCUAACGCUGAGUGACUACAGUUUACUAUUGAGCACUUUAUCAAUGUCAUUGCCACAGGAGUUUAUAAGCGAGAAGGCGUGAUGAUAUAAAGGAAUAUUAUAGAUUUCAAAGCUACCUGGAUGAGCUUUAACACAUAAAUCAUUCCUUAUAACAAAGAGCCAUUUGUAAAUGUUUGCUUUUAGGUGCCUUAAAAACAUGAAGGGAAGACACUUAUCAGACUGCUAAAAAUAAUAUUUCCACUCCUUAAAUGUCUUUUUUUCCUCAGUGCACAUGUUUUCAUGCUGUUAUGAAUAAAUAAAUAAGUCAGUGAGAUAAUGAUGAUUGUGACUUAAACACCUACCUACCUCAUUGGUACAUCUAAAUACAUUCCAAGUCUGAAUUUCAUUCAUUCAUUGUAUUUAUUUUGACUCCUUACUCUCACUUAAUAGUCUUAAAAAUGUUUUUAUUUACUGCAAUGUGAAUCCUAAAGUAAAUUUUAUUAAUUCCACAUUUGUUUAUUUUUUUCAUGGUACUGAAUGUUCAAUGUUAUUGUGUUAUUCCUGCAAUGUUUGAAAUGUAAAUAAAACU